ACAUAUUCAAAGCCAUACUAGUGUAAAAUUGAACAACACGCUGCCCGGCCUCUGGGCGCCUGCCACACAUUAAUCGGGGCCAUCGAUUCAAGCUAAGCAAACUCCUGGUUCAAUUUGUCAAAAUUUUCAAAGAAGUCUUCAGCGCAGACGAAUUACCCCAACCAUGAAUCGCGUUCCGUUAGAGACCAGGGACGGCUUCCUCAUACGCAUUGAUUUCGAAUUGCUGCGCCGCUCCAAGGUCAUGCAGGAAAUGUGCCAGCACAGCGUCGGCGACGGCCCGCAGCAGGAGCUGUUGGUUGCCCUCGAUCACGAUAUUCUGCUCAUGAUUCUGCUCUGGAUGGAGUUUCACAAGGACGACGAGGAGCCCGCCUGGGUCCAAAUGAAGGAGGAGCCAGCCAACGUGGAGAGCCUCAUCUGCGACUGGGACAAGGAGUUUCUACGCGAGAAACUCCCGACCGUGCGGGCAAUCAUGAGGGGCGCCGACUUCCUGGACAUACCCUGGCUGGUGAAGCUCUGCGCUCGCAAGCUGCGCCUGCGCGGCCCGCCCGACCUAUAUAAGCUCGCUCUGAGCGCCAUAUCACCACUCGAUUAGUUACUGUAGUCC